ACUUGCUUAAAUUCACAAUCAUCACUUUCAUCUUCCAUCAAGCUGCCUCGUUUUCUUUUCUCACAUCCUUAUGUAAUAAGAAAGUUGAAGUGUGUGAAUCAUGGUCAAACUUGUGCUGCCAAACUCAGGACUUGAAAACAGGAUACAAACCUAUGAGCAGCUUGAGAUCCUAGAAAAAGAAGAAGCAGGAGAAAGACCAAAAUGGGACAACAAAGCGCAGUAUAUGCUUACCUGUGUAGGUUUCUGCGUGGGACUAGGAAAUGUAUGGAGAUUUCCUUACCUUUGCCAAAGUCAUGGAGGAGGAGCAUUUAUGAUCCCCUUCCUUAUAUUGUUGGUGCUUGAAGGCAUACCAUUGCUACACCUUGAAUUUGCAAUUGGACAACGUCUGAGAAAAGGAAGUGUGGGAGUCUGGAGUACUAUUCACCCAACACUAAAAGGAGUUGGUGUGGCAUCAAUGUUGGUUUCUUUCCUUGUUGGCUUGUAUUAUAACACCAUUAUUGCAUGGGUCAUGUGGUACUUUUUCAACUCCUUCCAAGAACCUUUGCCAUGGAGUGAAUGUCCAUUAAAUUUAAACCGAACAGGUGUAGAACUGGAGUGUGCAAAAAGCUCCCCUGUGGAUUAUUUUUGGUACAGAGAAACACUUAAUACCUCAACAUCUAUUGAAGAUUCAGGCACCCUUCAGUGGUGGCUGGUGCUAAGCUUGGCUUGUGCAUGGGGUGUUCUGUAUGUGUGCACCAUCAGAGGAAUUGAAACAACGGGAAAGGCUGUCUAUGUAACAUCAACACUUCCAUAUGUGGUUCUCACCAUUUUCCUAAUUAGAGGCCUAACAUUGAAGGGAUCAGUAAGCGGAAUUGUGUACUUGUUCACUCCAGAUGUAUCUGAAUUGGCAAAUCCUGUUACUUGGCUGGAUGCUGGUGCCCAGGUUUUCUACUCAUUUUCGCUUGCUUUUGGGGGACUGAUCUCAUUUUCUAGUUAUAAUUCAAUACAUAACAAUUGUGAAAAGGAUGCAGUCAUUAUCUCUAUCAUUAAUGGUUGCACAUCCAUAUAUGCUGCCACCGUUAUCUAUUCUAUCAUUGGAUUCCGUGCUACAGCACAAUAUGAUGACUGCUUGGCAAGCAACAUCCUGGCACUUAACAAUGCUUUUGAUUGGCCAGAGGGAAAUAUAACUGAGGGUAACUAUGAAUACAUGCUGAAUUAUUUUAAUCAGUCUGACCCAACUGUGGUUACAUCUCUUCAGCUUCCCAAAUGUGAUUUAGAUACCCUUCUAUCUCAGGGUGUUGAAGGAACUGGGUUAGCUUUUAUUGUAUUCACUGAGGCCAUUACAAAAAUGCCAGUUUCCCCUCUGUGGUCAGUACUGUUCUUCAUAAUGCUCUUUUGCUUGGGGCUUUCUUCCAUGUUUGGCAAUAUGGAAGGAGUAUUAGUACCAUUGAUGGAUCUGAAAUUAAUACCAAAAUCAUGGCCAAAAGAAGCUGUCACAGGUACAAUAUGUGCUGUUUCAUUUUUGAUUGCACUUAUAUUUGUGAUGAAGUCUGGAAAUUAUUGGCUGACUCUGUUUGACAGUUUUGCUGGAUCCAUACCAUUGUUGAUAAUAGCCUUUUGUGAGAUGUUUUCAGUGGUUUACAUAUAUGGAAUAAAUAGGUUUAACAGAGACAUCAAAUUCAUGAUUGGUCAUAAACCAAACAUCUUUUGGCAAGCCACUUGGAGAGUUAUCAGUCCUCUGAUUAUGCUCGUGAUAUUCAUUUUCUAUUUUGUGGUUAAAGUUUCAGAACAACCUUUAUACAUUACUUGGGAUCCCGACUAUGCAGAAUUUCCGAAGUCAAAAGAAAUUCCUUACCCCAACUGGGUGUAUGCAAUAAUUGUAGUACUUGCUGGAGUUCCAAGUUUAAUGAUACCUGUGUUUGCACUCGUCAUAUUUGUUAGGAGAUGCAUAAAGAAGGAUGAUGACCAGCAAAACAUUAUGAAUGCUGCAUCUAUGGUGUCUAUCAAUGGUGAUGCAAAAAACAAAGUGUAAAGUUUACAUGGAGAAAAUGACUUUAUAUUGACAGUAUAUCAGUAAAAGAAAACAGAAGAAAAUGUUAUAUAACUAAGAUUCUUUCAUUUUUAAACCGAGGAAUACCACAGGAGAAGAAUACAUAAUGGAACAGAAGCAUCUGUAAAGGAAUGGAAAAGAACAGUCAGUCUUUCUCACACAAAAGAGAAACGUUCAGUUUUGCAUUCAAUAAUUACAUAAACAUCUCUGCUUGCUUUACAGAGUCUUUGGACAUAAUUUAGCAAAGCUGUCUAAAAGAAAAUUGCCCUUGUUUUCCA